GAAGCAAUGUUCUAAGAAUGUCGUCUGGUGUCCAAAUAAAACCAAAGACUGCAGUACAGAAAAGCAAGACAUCUCCUUUGCUGUGUUCUCCAGAAACUGCAGUUAAACCACAGCCAAGGCCAAGUGACAAGCUGAAUCCUAAAACUAUUGAUCCAUUUUGUGCUUACUCUCGACCAACUUCUGUAUUUGCUGCUAUAUACGCUAAAGGGGACAUUCCAUGCAG